GCUCCGCCCCUGAGUGCUGGGGAAGUUUCCUUUUUCUUCCUAGCCCAGUCUGGGUCCAAGCUGGCCGGGAUGGACCUUCCAAAUCCGGAGGUCCUCCCAGCCGGGCACUGCUGGCCCUCCCUGGGAAUGCGGGCCUUGGAAGCUGGCAUUGUGAGCCUGUCAGUGCCCCCCUCCAUCAGCAAGGAUUCGGCCAUGGUGAACGAACCCAGAGGGAACAGCGGCCCCGGCACCCACUGGGAGGGCAGCAGCUGCGGCAUCGAGAGCUCCAAGGACAGUUUGAAAGGUUCCUCGCCAGGGCUGGACCCCGAGCGGCGGGAGAGACUCCAGGAGAAAAUGAAGCGAAAGAUGGAAUCUGGCGACAAGUGGUUCUCCCUAGAAUUCUUCCCUCCGCGGAUGGCUCAGGGAGCUGUCAACCUCAUUGCAAUGUUUGACCAGAUGGGGGCAGGCGGGCCCCUGUUCAUAGAUGUGACCUGGCGCCCCACCCAAGACCCUGGCUCGGACAAGGAGACCUCCUCCAUGACGAUCGCCAGCACCGCCGUGAACUACUGCGGCCUGGAGACCAUGCUGCACAUGACCUGCCUGUGCCAGAGCCGGGAGGCCGUCACGGGCCACCUGCGCAAGGCCAGGCGGCUGGGCCUGAAGAACAUCUUGGCCCUGAGAGGAGACCCCCCAGGUGAGCAGUGGGAGGAGGAGGAAGGAGAGUUCUCCCACGCCACAGACUUGGUGAAGCACAUCCGCAGCGAGUUUGGUGACUACUUUGACAUCUGUGUGGCAGGGUACCCCAAAGGCCACCCUGAUGCCGUGAGCUUUGAGGACGACCUGAAGCACCUGAAGGAGAAGGUAACCGCGGGAGCCGACUUCAUCAUCACCCAGCUCUUCUUCGAGGCUGACACGUUCUUCCUCUUCGUUGACGCUUGUUCCAAGAUAGGCAUUACCUGCCCCAUCCUCCCCGGAAUCUUCCUUAUUCAGAGCUACCACUCCCUGCGGCAACUCAUGAAGCUGUCCAAGCUGGAGGUACCGCAGAGCAUCAGGGACGUGAUUGAGCCGAUCAAGGACAAUGACGAUGCCAUCUGCAACUAUGGCAUCGAUCAGGCCGUGAGCCUGUGCCGGAAGCUGCUGGCAAGUGGUUUGGUGCCAGGCCUGCACUUCUACACCCUCAACCGCUUGAAGGCCACCACCGAGGUGCUGAAGCGCCUGGGCAUGUGGACUGAGGAGCCCAGGCGUCCCCUGCCCUGGGCUCUCAGUGCCCACCCCAAGCGCCGGGAGGAAGACGUGCGCCCCAUCUUCUGGGCCUCCAGACCAAAGAGCUACAUCUACCGCACCCGGGACUGGGACGAGUUCCCCAACGGCCGCUGGGGCAACUCCUCCUCUCCGGCCUUCGGCGAGCUGAAGGACUACUACCUCUUCUACCUGAAGAGCAAGGCCCCGCGGGAGGAGCUGCUGAAGAUGUGGGGGGAGCAGCUGAGCAGCGAGAAGAGCGUCUUCGACGUGUUUGUGCGCUACCUCUCGGGGGAGCCGAACCAAAACGGCCAUCCAGUCACCUGCCUGCCCUGGAACGACGAGCCCUUGGCAGCGGAGACCAGCCUGAUGAAGGAGGAGCUGCUGCGAGUGAACCGGCGGGGCGUCCUCACCAUCAACUCCCAGCCCCGCGUCAACGGGAAGCCUUCCUCGGACCCCGUCGUGGGCUGGGGCCCCAGCGGGGGCUACGUCUUCCAGAAGGCCUACUUGGAGUUCUUCACUUCCCGGGAGACAGUGGAGGCGCUGCUGCAGGUGCUCAAGAAGUACGAGCUCCGAGUCAACUACCACAUCGUGGACGUGAAGGGGGAAAACAUCACCAAUGCCCCUGAGCUGCAGCCCAACGCUGUCACGUGGGGCAUCUUCCCCGGGCGGGAGAUCAUCCAGCCCACCGUGGUGGAUCCUGUCAGCUUCAUGUUCUGGAAGGACGAAGCCUUCGCCCUGUGGGUGGAGCGGUGGGGCAAGCUGUACGACGAGAAGUCCCCGUCCCGUCGGAUCAUCCAGCACAUCCACGACAACUACUUCCUCGUCAACCUGGUGGACAACGAGUUUCCGCUGGACAGCUGCCUGUGGCAGGUGCUCGAAGACACGCUUGAACUUCUCAACAGACCCACGUCGGAAUGAGAGGGUUGCUAGCUCCGUGAUCCCGCACCCCGGCAUCCUCAGCUCGGGCCAAUCACGUCCCACCUUUCUCCUCCCCGGGACUGGUUCUCCUGGGGACACCUGUCUUUGUCCCUCCCCAGGCCCGGGCUCCACUCCCCCGCCUACAGCGGAAGCUAGACCGGUGUGGGGCUUCCGGGCUCUAGCUGGACCUGAGUCCGCCCCACAUGGGAGCCUGGUGCUCCCUGGUCAGCUGGGACAUUUUGCUCUUUCGUGGGGAGCACCUCCGCCCUGCCGAGGGCCCCAGUGGGUGGGACACCGCCUCCCUGAGAAGGGAGGAGACUGGUUAUUGCUGACUGAGCCGUCUGCUAGGAGCCAGCCCGAGACUGCCAGUGACCUUACACUUGGGGCCUAGGGGAGACGGGCAGAGCGAACGUGGGCAGCGGGCACUGGUGGUGUUGCCAAAGAGCUGUGGCAAAAUGAAGAUGUUGCCCCCUUCCACCUCCAAGACGUUGGCAGCCGGGCACUUCCUCCUUGUGUCCGGACACUCCCUGGCCCCAGGCCCCUGGCGGGUCUGGGACCGCAACCUAAUGGCACAAGCGUCUCUUGCCACCUCCCACCUGAGAGCUCCGCUGGGCCUGCUCCGUUCUGCAAUGCUGCUGUUUGAAACAGUUCUCUCUGGAUUCUGGUGGCUCAAGAGAUAAAGGACCUCUUAAAGUGUC